UAGGGAAUGAUUCCCCGGAGUGGAGCCAGUGGGCCACCGGCCAGGGCAGGUGGCGAUGUCUGAGCAGAAAGGGAUUCCGUUAAUAAUUUCGCUCAGGGGCGCGAGGGAGCGGCUGAACAAUCAGUUGAGGCGGCUCAGCAAGGCCCUCACCCCAGGAGGCGCCGUUCAGGCCUCCAUCCGCUGGCAUUCACCGGAGCGGGGCUGCAAGAGGGCGCAGGUGCAGCGAGAGAAAGUGAAAAUGUGGGUACCCUGGAACGGGCUAAUCGUGAUUGGAAAGAGGGUGGAGCUUCUGGGCAGAAAGACGCAAAAGCCUAGAACGCGGGACCCGAGGGUUGGUCAUGAGAACUUGCGACCAGAAAGUGUGGGAAAGACCGUCUUGAAAGAGAAGGCAGGCCUGAGUCAGGAAGGGACCAGCAGUAGUACAGCAGAUGCGUUGCAGGAUUCUGCAAGAGAGAUUUGGGGAAAACAAGACGUCAAACGCAAAAUUGGAGCUGAAUCUAACGCUGCAGGGAUGACCGCAGAGUCUAGGAAGGGGUCUCUGUCUGAAGAGAUGCCCACGUCUACUGGGAAUAAUGUGGGGACCAGUGGAGAGGACUUGCGAUCCAGAGAAUAUCAAUUGCAGCAGAACGAGGGGCAGCAGUUGAGUGGAGAGAAGCGGGAGUCCAGGGGAGAAAAACGGGGAUCCACUGUAGAGAAGCAGGAGUCCACUGCAGAGAAGCGGGGGUCCAUUGCAGAAAAGCGGGGGUCCACUGCAGAGAAACGGGGGUCCAUUGCAGAGAAGCCAGUGUACAGCGGAGAGAAGCGGGGGUCCAGUGGAGAGAACCCAGUGUACAGGAGAGAGAAGCGGGGGUCCAGUGGAGAGAACCCAGUGUACAGGAGAGAGAAGCGGAGGUCCAGUGGAGAGAAGAUGAGGUUGAGUAGAGAGAAACUAAGGUCCAGUGAAGAGAAACCAAGGACUGAUGGAGAGGAUUCGAGAUCCAUUGGAGAUAAAGCGGGGUCAAGUGAAGAGAAACUGGAAUCUAAUGGAGAAAAACUGAGCAGAAGUGAAGAGAACAUUGAAAGAGUGAUAGAAAUUACUGGUGAUGAAACAGGGAUAGAAUUUACUGAUGAGGAGAUGGAAAUUCCUUCUGAAAGUACAAAAGUGAGAGAUGAAGAACUAGAAGGGAUUGAGGAAGGAAUAGAAAUUGAUGAGGAUAGUGUUCAUGGAGUGAAAGAUAUUACUGGUGAAUUCGUUUCUAUGGAAGAGAAAAUAUUACAGGGGAAGGUCCCAGUGGAUGAGGCAGAUGAAGGAUUGCAGCUAAAGAAGGAGAUAUCCAGGUAGGGGAACUAUUGAAAGUCAAAGAGGAGACAUUAGAGUCAUUAUUAGAGACAUUAUUGAUCUUGAAGGGGUAAAGAAGAGUGAAGAAAGAAGAGUCUAGAAAGAAGAAUGUGGGAAUGGAGCAGAGCUACUGGGCAUGAAGGCAGAGCCAGUACCAGUGGAAGGGAAAAAAAAUAGUGGUAAAGAGGAAAAUAAGAACAUUCUGAGGAGAAAGAAUAGAUUUGGUAAUGAUAGAAGAAAAUUGGAUUUGGGGUUCUUAAAUAGCUCUUUGAGAAGUGGCUUUAGGAUGGGCUAGAAGGAUUUCAUCUGACACAUAAUUAGGGAGACAAUAUGCAGGCAUGGCCUGAUGAGAAGAAUUACAACAGGAUAAAGGAUAGAUAUCGAGGGUUGUGGAAGAAGCAGCAGGCCUGGAGUAAGCAAAAUGAAAACGGAUCCUGAAGAAUGAGUGGCUCCAAAGUUACAAAAGCAAGUGAAGAGGAGAUGAGCAAAUGAAGGGGAAAAAACUCAAAAACAGGUUGACUGACAUCUAGGAAGGCCACACCCAAAGGCAGAACAAGAGAAGGGGACACACAAAGGGUCUGUGCCUCCCAGAGAGGAUGGCUUCCAGCCUCCUUUCUUGACUCUUCAGCUGAGGAAUUACUCUCUCUCAUAAGAGGCUUGCAUGGACACAAGGGCAAGGUUCAGGCAGUUCCCCGUGUGUGAAAACCUCUCAGACUGGCACGUUUACAAAUUAUGAUCCAAAUCAUCAGAUUUCUGUUCUUUGUCUGAAUGACAUUUUCACCUGGGAAAUCAUGCAUUCCAUGGAGGCCACAGAAAGACAAGUGAAUGUCAAGGCUCUGUGACAAAUGCCAGCCACCUAUAGUUCUGUGGAGAGAGACAGCAAGGUCACACAUAACCAUGAAUAUUAGCAACACUGUCCUGGGGCUCUGGAAAAACUGAUGGCCAAGUGUUCAUCUGAAGACUCGUUCUGUCUUGGUCUCCAGGCUGGCACGAAUCGGGAAUAAAGGAAAAUAUGGAAGUGGUAUCCAAAUAUUGGUUCUGAAAAGCCAACGGACUGAGAAGAACAGGUGACGAUGCUGUGUCCGCCGCAAGGAGAAGUGUGGUCACAGGACAGCUGCGGCUUGGCCAGAGGACUGGAGAGAAGGCUUAGUCUGCAGCGUUCCCCUCCGAGACGGAGAGCAGGAGCCUCGAUCAGGAUUCCACUCUGCUCCUUUGCAUGAAGGGAUCGGCUGUCUGGGAUCUGGAUGCAGAAGUGCGGCUUUGCAUAAAUUUUUUUAACUAAAAAUCAAGGUUAAAAAUUAGAACCUGAUGGAGGACCCAGGUUGCUACUCUAACCCGAUAGCUGCCCUUCUGCUUCCUCUGGAGAAUGAUCAUGCCCCAUGGCCUCAGUGGGGCACAUGGAAGACUGACGAGCUCUCAGUGAGGCUGCUCCUGUGGCAGGGUUCCUGCUGCCCCAAGUCCAGCCCAUAAAGUCAAAGGUGGGAACUAAAAGGCAUCUUCCCAUGGGAGCGAGGACUCCAUGGGCUGUCUGGACAGAAUCACUUUGAUGCAGACCAGACCUGUACCUGCUGCCCUUGGGGAAGAACAGGGCUGGGCUGCCAUCUGCCCUCCGCCAGUCUUUGUUCUCAGUUUGGACCCUACUUGGUCUUCCCCUUCCUGCCCAUAUGCCACCAGUUCGACGACUGCUGCAGGCACAAGAGCGUCUCCAGGGCACAAUGGCAUGCCAGGUCCCACCUAACAUCUCUAUUCCUCAUCUGGGAGUGCUGUGAUCAGCAGGUUGGUUCAAAACUAGGAGGGGUUGGGAAACCCCUCGGGCAGGAGAUUUCGAAAUAAGAUUCAGAUUAGAAAACAUAUAGUGGGUGGGGUUCUAAGGAAUGAAGGAGGCAGGAAGAACUCCUGUCUGGACACCCUGCUGGAUAGCGGGGAUAUACAGAAGAGCCAAGAAUGGAGGGGCAGCCGUGCAGCCUCCAAAACGCAAGUGCCAGGCUGUUCCUUGUCUGCCUGUCCCCACCCUGAUUGAGCACCCGGUACCUCUCCACUCACCGGGGGAAACCAUGUUGGCCACGGUGUUCGGUGUCAAGUCAGCACCAGCAGCAUGUCAGCAGGUCAGCACCAGCAGGCGGGGACCAAUCCAAAGCUCCCACAGGAGAGGGAGGGGAGUAGCUGGGAUUGGCAGCAGUGUUAGGAGAAUUCAGAGACGGGAUCAUGAAUGGAGAGGGGGAUAAAGAAGCUCCUGAGCCCAUAGCUUUGGUGGCUCUGGUGGGAAGAGGCAGGCCCCUCCCCUAUGACUGGGUCCUCCCUGUACUUGAGCUCACCUGGCAUUCAGGGGCUCCUGGUAGGAGGUGCCUAUAACAUAAGGGGCACAGAGGUAAAUGCUGGCUGGAUCAAGAGACAGAGAGGUGAACAGAAGGAGCAGGAAGCUAAGGAAGGAGGAAAGAAAGAGGACUAAAAAGACCCUGAAAAUGGAAAAAUGGGGGUGGGGUGUCCUGGAAGGAGCAAAGGGAAGAAUGAAGAUUCUGUCCCUGAUUUGAAGGACGUGGAGUGGUACAGUCGAGAACUAUUCUCCAAAAUGGCCAGUACCUGGAGAGCUGUUAUGAUAAAUUCAGCCAUUCCGUCUAGGAGGAUGGAGAAAGCGGAUGUUUGGGACCAUACAGUGUGAAAGCCCAGAGUGGGAUGGCAAAAACUAGCUGACUGGCGUGGACAGGAGGGGGCGUAUGAGUCAUGUGCAGGUGUACCUGCCUCGUGCAGGGUGGGGACCCAUCUAACUGGAAUCAACGCCCAGCCUCUCCCAGUCUCCUUAGAUGACAAGCUUUGGCAUCCUUGGUCCACCCAACUCAGCCCUCAGGCAUUUUGCCAAAACAUCAGUAAACAAGUACAGGUGAAGGAGGUCACAGGUCUCUGUAUUUUGUACUGUUUUCUCCUUCCAGUGACCAACACGUGACUAA